UUCCGGCUGGCUGUGUGUUGAUAGCGGUCGCGAGUGUCGGUUGCCAGGGUGAGGAUGGAUCACACCUCUUUAACAGAGAGAUAAACUCACGUAGUAUCUCUCUUAAACACACCUGUCAUAUCUACACACAGGCAACGACAAACAGGGAGGAGUGCCAUCACAACGGUGCCAAUAGUGGGAUGGAGUGGCGUUUACUGCUUGACUUCUCUUAAGCUCAUCAGGACAGAUAUGAUCAGGUGAUCUGAGAGGAGAGACGUCCGUCUGUCAGUACUGUUUCUUUGGGUGAGAGUGAAGAUGAACCGUUACACAACACUCAAGCAGCUAGGUGAUGGGACCUACGGCAGUGUUCUGAUGGGGAAAAGCAAUGAGUCUGGAGAGCUAGUGGCCAUCAAAAGAAUGAAGAGGAAGUUCUACUCCUGGGAGGAGUGCAUGAAUCUGAGAGAGGUCAAGUCACUCAAGAAACUGAAUCAUGCUAAUGUGGUGAAGUUAAAGGAGGUGAUACGAGAGAAUGAUCACUUGUACUUUGUCUUUGAAUACAUGAAAGAAAACCUCUACCAGCUCAUGAAAGACAGGGAAAAUAAGAUGUUUACUGAGAAUGAAAUAAGGAACAUCAUGUUUCAAGUUAUCUCUGGUUUGGCAUUUGUGCACAAGCAUGGAUUUUUUCACCGGGAUAUGAAACCGGAAAAUUUGCUAUGUAUGGGUCCAGAGCUGGUGAAAAUUGCUGACUUUGGAUUGGCUCGAGAGAUCCGCUCUCGGCCUCCUUAUACAGACUACGUCUCAACACGAUGGUAUCGAGCUCCAGAGGUGUUAUUGAGGUCACCAGUGUAUAGCUCACCAAUAGACAUCUGGGCAGUAGGCUGCAUCAUGGCUGAACUCUACACACUUCGACCUCUGUUUCCUGGCAACAGUGAGGUGGAUGAGAUCUUCAAGAUCUGCCAGGUUCUUGGUACAGUAAAGAAGUCAGACUGGCCGGAGGGUUAUCAGCUUGCUGCUGCGAUGAACUUCCGCUUCCCCCAGUGUGUUCCUACACCACUCAAAACUCUGAUCCCCAAUGCCACCAAUGAGGCUUUAGACCUCAUGAGAGAUCUCCUCCAGUGGGACCCAAAGAAAAGACCCUCUGCUGCAAAGGCACUCAGAUACCCCUACUUCCAAGUAGGACAAGUUCUGGGCCCCCUACCCAUGACCCCCGAUGUACGGAAGGCUCAGAUAAAGACGACCCUGCCUAUUGAAUCCAGAUCAGAGCUGCAGUCUGUCUCAGAACCAGUGUUGCCAUCACAGACUAAAGGCCAAAGCAGAAGCUCCCAUCAGCCACUGCAGCAGAUUCCUCUGCCCCAGUCUCUUUCUCAGACAGACCCUCUCGCUCCAUACACACAAAAGGUGGCCGGGGGUGAGAACAGUUUGAUUGGACUGAAGAACGGACGAAGAAGGUGGGGACAGACCAACAUGAAACCCUCAGACAGCUGGGAUGAGUCUGACUGUUCUGAUACUGCAGCAUCCCUCUCUAAAAAACCCAGUAAAGGCCCUGAGGAGGAGAAAACUACUACACAGCCCAAGGACCAGAAACCCCUUUAUACAUUUAGCACUGUAACAAAAUUACCAAACACCAGCAGACUGAACCAACCAGACUCUAGUCACCAGAGCACCUCUUCAGCCAGACAACAUUACCUGCGCCAGUCCAGAUACCUGCCAGGGUUAAUAAGCAAGAACACACCAUCUCUGAAUAACAAGGAGUCUCAACAAGACUUGUGGGACACCUCAGCUCUGAUGAACAAACCUCUCGCACCUAUUGGAGGAGCGCCAGUGUCAAGAAUCAGCCCAGGAAACUUUGUAACCACCACAUACAAUCUCUCUGGAGGCUAUAUACCCUCUUUCCAGAAGAAAGAAGUGGGCUCCAUAGGACAAAGGAUUCAGCUUGCCCCUCUCGGACACCAGCAUGCACUUGAUCUCUCUGCCACUGCUGACUCAAAAACUGGCAAAGCUAAACCUUCAAAGUCCAAACCUUCCUCUACAGUUUCAGUCAGUGAGAUCUCUGAAGAUUAUGAUGGAUGGAAAAGGAGAGCAGACCGAACCCAACCUAAAGGAACGAGUUACUCGGCUCUGGGCAAAAACUCCACCAAUCUCAUUGCUCGCGCUCCACCAGUUCAGCCAGUGCAUGGGCGGGUUGACUGGGCUGCAAAAUAUGGAAGCCAUCGCUAAUAUUAUGCGAGCGAGCUACAGCUGCUGUGAGGACUAAGGCCUGUUUCAACACUCGUGAAUAUUGUAUAAACAUAUCUUCUUGUUUCUGCGAGGAGCAUCCACACCGCUUAAUGUAAGCCCACGGCUGCUUAAUUGUUCGAUAAAGAACAAGAAUAUGUGUACAAUAGAUUUUUACAAACCUAACAAUUUGUUCAUCUUUAAAUAUGUCUUGUUCAGUUUAUGCAUCCAAUGCCUGUAAUCCUUAUUUUCAAUGGAAUGGGUAGAUCUAUAUCCCAUAUAUUGCAUCUAUUUUUUGUAACCCUUUUGACAUUUUUUUUAUAGUAUGCAGUUUUUAAAUAUAUUCUUGUUUUCUUUUUUAUGUGUUACUGUGAUUCAUACUGCAAGGCAGUGUUAUUUAUAUUUCCUUGUAUGUUGAGUAUCCCUUUUUUCAGUUUUUUAUUUUUCCCUGUAAAUGGUACUGACAACUACCACAUAAACAUAUAAUGUAGAUAACAGUGAUUGGGUUGGGCUGAACUCAAAUCAAUAAAUAGUGUUUUGUAUGCAUAAAAUGGGCAUGUU